AUGCAGCAGCAAAGAGGAGUGGGAACGCCUGGUCAGCCACUGGGACGAUAUCCACCCCAGCCGGGUGCCACCCCACAGUCGGCCAUGAGGCGGCCGGGAGGUCCACAAAUGCCUUCUCAAGGUCCACCAAUGCAAGCUAACCGAGUCUCUCAGCCACUUCGUAAGAAGAAGAGAUACGCGGAUAAACUCAUUUCACCCCAGGUAAGUAACGUACGUAGUUUUUUUUCACAAAAUUACUUGAAGAUUUGA